AUGAAAGCGAACGCAGAGCGGGUUGGUCCGGCGGUGCCAUCCAAACGUUUGGUGGUUGGACGCGCCGCCUGGUGGAUAGCCAAGCCGCGAGCUCGUCCACCUGCGCCACUCACGCUAAUGGCGGCUAUUCGCGAAGAGGAGUCGGCAGCGCGAAAAUUGUCAUUUGCCGACGCAGUUAAGGAUUUGCUGCAAAACCUGUCAUUUCAUUGUUAUGGCAAAUUAGUUGAGCACGGACGUGGCAUUCAGGAGCGAUUCUUCUGGCUUAUCUGCCACAUAACUGCCCUGACUAUGCUAAUUGCUUUCGUGUGGGGCACGUACAAGGAUGCGGCGGAUGAGCUGGUCACCACGCUGUACGAUCCAUUGUAUGCAGUCAGCAAAGUGCCCCUGCCCGCCGUUACGAUAUGCUCCCAGAAUCGGCUAUCCAGGCGCGCCGUCUGGCGUUACGCACAGGAGCUCAGCAGCAAGGAUCCAAGAAAACGCAACGCCACUUAUUUCUAUACGGAGCUGCGUGCCUUUAGCCUGUACUACGGCAUCGAUGAGAAUAUCGACGAUGAGCGUAUUUUGCGGCUGCAGAGUUUGCUGGAUCAGCUGGAUACCAGGCCGCAUGACUUGUUUUUCAAUCCGAAGGAACGGUUGCGCAUUCUAACGCCGAAAUGCAGUGACAUUUUGAUAUCCUGCCGCUUAGGAGGACGACCAUUCGAUUGCAUGCAGGAAUUCCAACAAACUCUCUCGAGUUUUGGAUUUUGUUGCACUUUCAACUCUAAUGGAAGGUAUCAUUUCUUUGGAGUUGAUAUGGGUCUGACGCUGACACUCAGAGCCGCAGUUGAUGAUAGGUUCAUCAACAAGAACGAUCAAGACGGGUUUGCGAUUGCUCUCAAUGAGAUACACAACUAUCCGGAUCCACAAUCCGGCGGUGUUACGGUACGUUAUCUGAAAACCGGGCGCAGCACUUAUUUGCCAGUGCGUCCCCAGAUCUUGGAGACUCUCCAGGAGGCCCGUCGCAUCCGGCCCGCCGUGCGUAAAUGCCGUUUUUGGGAUGAGAUGCCGCACAACUUCACUCGCCGCUAUACCUUCAGCAAAUGCAUCUCCGCGUGCCGCGCCCACAGCAUCUACAGCCUGUGCCAGUGCCUGCCCUUUCAGCUACCCAUGCAUUACAUUGGAGGCGCCACGGGACGCCUCUUCUGCACGCUACAGCACAUGCAGUGCCUCAGACACUACACAUUCAAAUGGAUGAAUGUCAUCACCAGUCGCGACUAUGUGCCCGGCCUGGAGCAUGAGAUGGAGGAUGCGCUCUACUGUCCACACUGCCUGCCCUCCUGCAGCGAGAUACGCUACAAUGUGCGUGGCGCCGGAGCUCUGACCCUUCGCAAUCCAUUUGGCAACAUGACCAACGUCCACGACGGCAACAUCAGCAGCCCGGGCAAUAACAAUUAUGGCCAUGACAGCUCCGAGUUGGCCGUUGUGCGUAUUUACUUUGCCGAAACGCACAUUCAAUACUUUCGGCAGAUUAUUAAAAACGACUGGUACGAGAUCUUCAGUACAAUUGGCAACAUCUGCGGCAUCAUAGCGGGCUUCUCAUUGAUUGGCAUCUGCGAGCUGCUAUUUUUCGUAGCCAAACAAUUAUGGCAUGCAUACAAAGCGGAACGGAAGUCGGAGCUCUUUCAUACCCACUGCCAUACCCCACGCCGGUCCCGUGCCCGGACUCGGGCUAAUGGCCGUGCAAAGGCAACUCAGCAGCGGCAGCCAAUGGAGCUCCUCAUACUGCCGUAA